AAAAAAAAAAAAAAAAAAGUUUCUUUACUGCAUUGUAAUAAGUUCGCAUCGAACCUUUAAUGAAUUUAUUACAUAACAAAUGUUACAAGUAUGAAGCAAAAAUUGAACAAAACUAUGUACAUUAAUUUUGCUCAUAUUAACAAUUAAUUAAAGAUUAUCUACACAUUGCAUCGUAAAUAUCUUUAAACGUUAUAAUUUUAGUACAAUUUUUUGGUUUCUUACCCCUUUUUUCACUUAAUAAAAGCAAUGCCAGUGAUACAAAUAUUUAAGACAUUGUCAAUUGAGGUUUUCUGAUAAAUUACUGCUUAAAAAUGCGUGAUAAUUAAGACCAAAUUAUGACAGACCAAAUAGUGAGAUUUGAAAAUGCAAUUCAUAAUGAAAAAGACUGGAAAAUUUAAGCAUAAAUACGAAUCCAGAAUUAUUUAACUUAUAUCUAGCAAUAAAAAUAAACAUUUCGAAUUAUACAUAGAAUAGUAGAUUGCUAAUUUUCUUAAAAUACAAGCUAAUCAUUUCUUUUGAUAUAUUUACUACAUAGUUAUUAUGUUUAUAACAUAAUAUGCAAUAUUAAUACUGUAAUGUACUCUUAACGAUUGUUUUGUGUACGAACGAAUGUAAUUCAAUAAUAUACAUAGAAUGUAGAAUGAUAGGACACAAAACAAAUUUUUUCUUAGAAUACAUGAAAAAUAUUGUAAAAACAUUUGUUAGAUAAGGCAAAGUAACUUGAAACAUAAAUUAUAAUAAAUGUUUAUUAAAAAUAAAUUUAAAAAAAAAGUACCAGAAAAAAUGUAAAAAGAUUGUAAAAUAAACGUAAUGAAAACUAAACAUCCAAAUUUCCACUAAACAUAUCCUUCAAUGUGACUUUUCCGAUUGACAGAAUAUGCCUGAAUCAUCCUGCACAAUAUUAUAAAAUGUUGCUAAGUUUAAAGAUUCUUACACCACUAUAACAGGUUUGACUGGUUUAUUAUACUUUCUCUUCUUUACAAGUAGACACUAUUCAAUAUGCAUUAAAGUGUACUACUAGCUGGUCUAUGAAACAUGAAUUUUAUCAUUAACAAAACAGGUUUCAAACUUCAAAAUAAGAAAUGGUUACCGCAAAAAGCUAUGAGUCUUUUAGCAAAAUGCCUACAACCAGAGUUGGAGACAAUAAAAGCAACUGGCGUUUGGAAAAAUGAACGAAUAAUUACCUCGCCUCAACGGACACGAAUUACGCUAAAAAAUGGAGUGGAAGCUCUUAACUUUUGCGCAAAUAAUUAUUUAGGCUUAUCGGAUAACAAAGAAGUAAUUUCAGCAGCAAAAGCUGCUUUAGAUAAGUAUGGAGCUGGUUUAAGUUCUGUGAGAUUCAUAUGUGGCACUCAAGAAAUUCAUGUAGAAUUGGAAAAGAAAAUUGCUCAGUUUCAUGGCAGAGAAGGUGCCAUUCUCUAUGCAUCUUGUUUUGAUGCAAAUGCUGGAUUGUUUGAAACAUUGUUAACGUCCGAAGAUACAGUAUUAAGCGAUGAACUUAAUCAUGCAUCCAUUAUUGAUGGCAUUAGAUUAUGUAAGGCAAGAAAAUAUAGGUACAAGCACAGAGACAUGAUAGAUUUAGAAAAUAAACUUCGAGAUAGCAUGUCUUCUCGUUUGCGUCUUAUUGCAACGGAUGGUGUAUUUUCCAUGGAUGGUACUGUUGCACCAUUAUCACAAAUUGUUGAGCUUGCGAACAAAUAUAAUGCUCUUACUUUUGUGGAUGAUUGUCAUGCAACUGGAUUUUUUGGAAAAACUGGAAGGGGUACAGAAGAAUACUUUAAUCAAUUGGGAAGUAUUGAUAUUAUUAAUUCAACAUUGGGCAAAGCUCUUGGUGGAGCAGCAGGUGGUUAUACGACCGGUAUAAAUGAACUGAUUAAUUUAUUAAGGCAACGUAGCAGGCCAUAUUUAUUUUCAAAUUCAUUACCUCCUCCUGUAGUCGCGUCAGCGAGCAAGGUCAUGGAUUUAAUAAGUAACUCUACAGAAUUUCUAGAUCAGUUACAAAAUAACACCAAUUUGUUUAGAAAUAGUAUGAAAGCAGCAGGAUUUACAAUUACCGGUGACAAUCAUCCCAUUUGUUCUGUCAUGAUAGGUGAUGCAAGGAUAGCCACUGAAUUUGCUGAUAAGAUGAUAAAGAAAGGAAUUUAUGUUAUUGGCUUCAGUUAUCCUGUAGUACCAAAGGAUAAAGCACGUAUACGUGUUCAGAUUAGUGCUGCACAUUCACAGGAGGAUAUAGAACACGCCGUAAGUGCCUUUAUAAAUGUCGGGAAAGAAAUUGGGAUUAUUGGUUGAUACGUUUUACAAUUCACGCAUGAAAAUAGAAAUGUAAAUUACGAAAAAUCGUUUCUGAUAACUGUUGGUUAAAUGUAUGGUAUAAAAAAGAAACAAAAUUUUUAUAACGUCGAACAAGUAGCGUUUAAUGUAUAGAUAUCAAAACAAACAUUCAAAUACAUGCGAAAGAAUAUUUUCUUGCUAAAUAUCAUAAAUAAAAA